AUGCAGAAGGACUCCGGUCCACUAGUGCCUUUACAUUGGAUUGGCUUUGGCUAUGUAGCACUGGUUGCUUCCGGCGGGAUCAUUGGCUAUGCAAAAGCAGGCAGUGUCCCAUCCCUGGCUGCCGGGCUCCUCUUCGGUGGGUUAGUGGGCCUGGGUGCCUAUCAGCUUCCUCAGGAUCCAAGGAACAUUUGGGUUUUCUUAGUUACAUCUGGAACCUUGGCUGGCAUUAUGGGAAUGAGAUUCUACCACUCUGGAAAAUUUAUGCCUGCAGCCUUAAUCGCAGGUGCCAGUUUGCUGAUGGUCGCCAAACUUGGAAUUAAUGCGUUGGGUAAACCCCAUCAGUAGGAGUCAUGGCCCAGCUUGGACUCGUGAAGAAUUUUUAAAUUGUCACUAUUUUUAGCAUAUUAAGAUAAAUAAGUACAGCAUUU